GGUGAGUUCCUCUUCUUAACAGUUUUUAUCACAUUUGAUCCCCAAUGAUUAAUAUUUACACUAAAACACUGGUUUGUUUUAGAUGUUCUCUUUUAGAUUAUACAAUCCAUAAAUUGUAUGUUCUUCAAAACCAUCCACUGUCUUCACCUCUCAAAUCCAUCUCAACUUUCACAAAUCAACACUCUUUUACUGUCAAUUACCUCAUCAAUUCAUGUGGGUUCAGUCCACAAACUGCUAUUUCUACCUCCAAAAAAAUCAAUUUUAAAACCCUAGACAAACCAGAUUCAGUUCUCAACUUCUUCAUGAACCAUGGAUUCAGCAAAACCCAGAUCUCAACUCUCAUCAGAAAAUGCCCACAAUUUCUCACAUAUGAUCCCAAUAAAACCCUUUUGCCCAAAUUUGACUUCUUUUACUCCACUGGCAUUUCCAGCAAUAACCUCGCCAGGACAUUAUCCACUAACCCAAAGAUCUUGACUCAUAGCUUGAAAAACCAAAUCAUCCCAUCUUACAAUUUGUUGAAGAGUUUUUUUCAUUCCAAUGAAAAGUUUAUGGCGACCUUUAAACGAUAUCCUGAGAUUUUAGGUCACAAUUCUAUUAUAUUUCCCAACAUUGACGUUUUGAGACAACAUGGUGUGCCAGAAUCGAAUAUUGUGUACUUACUUACUACUCAGCCUAGGUCCUUCAUAAUAAAGCUGGAUAGAUUCAAUGAGGUAGUGGAGGAUGUUAAGAAAAGGGGUUUCAACCAUUCAAACAUCAAUUUUGUUAUAGCGGUCCAGGUAUUGUUGGCAUUGAGCACAUCAACAUGGAAAAGGAAGAUGGAGGUUUAUGAGAAGUGGGGUUGGUCUGAGGAAGAAAUAAUGUUGGCUUUUACAAAAUUUCCGUGGUGUAUGAUGAUAUCUGAGGAGAAGAUAAUGGCGGUGCUGAAUUUUUAUGUGAACACAAUGGGUUGGGAGUCUUCCCUAAUUGCCCAUCGUCCAUUAUUAAUGUCACUGAGCUUGGGUAAGAGGAUAAUUCCCAGGUGUUCAGUACUUCAAGUUUUGUUGUCCAAAGGUUUGAUUAAGAUUCCCAUUAGCUUACAUACAUUGUUGGAGUCCACAGAGAGUAUGUUCCUCAAUAAGUAUGUGACCUGUUAUGAGGAAGCUCCUCAGUUGUUGAAACUAUAUCAAGAAAAAUUGGACCUUUCAAAAUUACAUGGUCAUGAUUAUGAAGGUAAGAGUGGAACAUAUCAGUUGUAAAAUAUAUUCUUCCUAACUGAAGUGGCUUACACAUCCCCUGUACUUCUUCUCGUUUCCACCCUCUUCUCUCACAGCUCCACCUUUUCGAAUUAGGUCUUUAUGAAUGGUUUUUUUUUUCUUUGGAUUAUAAUUAUCUUAGUUUGAUUGUUUUGGCAAGUAUUUAUUCAAUUUCAUUAGGAAAUGUGUAGAGA